GUUGACAAAAUAAUAUUAAGUGGAAUCAGAACCUCUUCCCCAUAAAAUUUUAAAAUGGAGUGUAGUCUAUUAAUUUUCUGAACUCUCUCGGAGUCGGACGAUAGUAUUAAUUACGUCGGAAGGUUGGCAUUGUGUAGUGCAUCAUUUUCGUUUUCUAUAUAUUAGCUCUAGUCACCCAAACAUCCAUGUUAGAAAAACACAGAAUCUACCUAACAAAAAGAGAUCUAGAGAGAGAGAGAGGAAAUGGCAUUACAAGAGGAAGGAGAUGAUUACACAAAAGAUGGAACUGUUGAUCUUCGAGGCAAUCCUGUCCGGAGAUCCCAGAGAGGUCGUUGGAAAGCUUGUUCAUUCGUCAUUGUGUACGAGAUGUUUGAAAGAAUGGCUUAUUAUGGGAUAUCGAGCAAUCUAGUGAUAUUCAUGACUACCAAGUUGCACCAAGGCACGGUCCAGUCCUCAAACAAUGUAACCAAUUGGGUUGGGACUAUCUUUCUCACUCCCAUCUUGGGUGCUUACGUCGCAGACGCUCAUCUUGGUCGUUACCUAACUUUCGUAAUUUCUUCCGCUAUCUGUUUUCUGGGGAUGUUGGUAUUAACAUUAUCAGUAUCUAUACCGGGAAUGAAUCCACCAGAAUGUUCUACGACUAGUGCUGAAGACUGCGAACAGGCUUCAGUUCUACAGUUAGCGCUUUUCUUUGGAGCGUUAUACAUAUUAGCGUUUGGUACAGGCGGUACAAAACCUAACAUAUCAACAAUAGGGGCCGAUCAAUUCGACGAGUGGGAUCCAAAGGAGAAGAUGCAAAAAAUCUCAUUCUUCAAUUGGUGGAUGUUUGGUAUUUUCUUUGGUACUCUAUUUGCUAACACUAUUCUUAUCUAUGUUCAAGAUAAUGUAGGCUGGGGCUGGGGGUAUGGGCUUCCAACUUUGGGACUUGCUAUUUCCAUUUCUGUUUUCUUGUUGGGCACUCCUUUUUACCGCCAUAAACUCCCAACGGGAAGCCCUUUCUUGACGAUGGCUCGAGUCAUUGUGGCUUCAUUUCGGAAAGCUAAAGCACCAACGCCCCGUGACCCAACACGCUUCCACGAACCGUCUUCACUGGAGUAUGAGCGGAAAGGCACCUUUCCGAUCCACUCCACUCAAAGUUUAAGGUUUUUAGAUAGAGCUUCACUAAAAACAGGAACAACCGGCCAGUGGGAUCUUUGUACAACCACAGAAGUCGAAGAAACAAAACAAAUGCUAAAUAUGCUACCUACCAUGGGCAUAACUUUUGUCCCAAGCGCUAUGAUCGCUCAAAUUAACACUUUGUUUGUCAAACAAGGAACGACUCUAAACACAAUGAUUGUCGGAAACUUCAGCAUCCCACCAGCGAGUCUCUCCGCCUUUGGGACAGUCUCUUUCCUCGUCUCCAUUGUCAUAUAUGAUCGAGUCUUAGUCAAGAUAGCCCAAAAAUUAACCGGGAAUCCAAGGGGCAUUACUUUGCUUCAACGGAUGGGAAUUGGUCUUAUCUUCUACAUCAUCGUCAUGACCGUCGCAUCUUUCACCGAAAGGUAUAGACUCAAAGUCGCUGCUGAUCAUGGACUCAUUCACCAAACGGGAGUAAAACUACCAUUGACAAUCUUCGUGCUGCUUCCUCAAUUCGUGCUUAUGGGUAUUGCUGAUGCUUUCUUAGUAGUUGCGAAGCUCGAAUUUUUCUACGAUCAAGCUCCUGAAAGCAUGAAAAGUCUUGGCACAUCGUAUUCGCUAACAAGUCUAGGGAUCGGGAAUUUCUUGAGCAGUUUCUUGUUGUCCACUGUUUCUAAGAUAACAAUAAAACAUGGAAGAGGAUGGAUUUUGAAUAAUCUUAACGAGUCUAGGUUGGAUUAUUAUUACUUGUUCUUUGCGCUUCUUAAUUUUGUUAACUUCGCCUUAUUCUUGGUUGUGGUUAAGUUUUAUGUUUAUAGAGCUGAGGCUACUCAUUCAGUGAAUGUGAAAGAAGAGGAAUCAAAGGUGGUGGGUAUCAAGGAGGAUGAAUAAUAUAAAAAUAUUGUUCAUUUA